GCUGCGGAAAAAGGGUGCCUCUUUGUGGUCAUAUUGUGCUCCUAUCUGUUUUUAUUCAUUAAUUUGUGUCACUUUCUUUUCUUUUUUCCUCCUUUCUCGUUUUGCAAUUUUGUGGUAGUUUUGCAACAAUCUAGUCUUAUUUUUAUUUACUUGUUUUGGGUCUAUUUGUGUGUGUGUGUGUAUGUAUUUUUACUUUGUCUGUCUGUGGUCAUUCUGCAUCCCUUUUGAUCGUUUUGUUCUUCAUUCAUUGACUUUCUAAAACGAAAUAUUAACAGUCACAUAGGCUUUGUGCCCGUUUAGUAAUCCAUCCAUGGAUGUUGCCCUCUCGUUCCCCGACAACUACGUAUCCCAGAAUGCAAAGCGGUCACGUGUCCACAUACGCCGGAGCAGACAGUGUGUCGCUGUUGUACACAUGGCGGUCGUCAGUGGGUAAUUCCUCGCUUCUUCACCACCUCGGUUAGCUUGUAGAUGUCGUAACGAUGCCGGGGACGUGCUCUGUGCCAGGCUGAGAGCGCUUACAAGAAGGCCCAGUGUCGGGGAGUCGUGUUCCACUCUCUGCCUACGAGAGACCCGGAGCGAUGCAGAUAAAGGGGGAGUAAGCGAUUUUUAUCCAAUACAAAAAACCCAGCGAAUAUUUCCCCACGGUCCGCGAGCUCUCGGUUCGGUGUGUGCGCGGAUCUCUCCACACAGCCCUGCCUCUGUCGACGGAACACAAAGAGAUGGUGCAGACCGCACCGCGCAACACCACACUGUUCCAGCCAAUCAGAAACAGGCGGCCCGCGAGCGUUCGAGCCCCGCACCGGGGCAGGGCGCGGUGGGAGAGCAGCGGUGAAGCUGGCACAUUCGACCGUGCUGGAAGAAGGAGAGAUGGCUGAGAGACGGCCCAAGAGGAUCAGGUCGGAGGACUACAAACUGAAAAAGAAAAUAUAUGAGCAGGCGAGGGGAAGGACGCGCGUCAACAUCGGCGAGGAGGCGUUUCAGCGGUGGAGAGACCUCCGAGAGUUGAAAGCGAUGACCACCGAUGCGGAAGUCGCUCUGUUUCUGCUCGACAGUUGUGAAAAUAGACCAUCAAUAUCAACAACCUGUCCUGGGAAUUGCAUACAAGAGCCUACCUCACUGUCAAGUCUUGGACAAGAACCAGCCUCUGAAAGAGAGAAGCAGCACCAGCAAGAUGAUGUUGAACACCAGAGUGAAACUACACAUUUAGCAGGAGAGGUGGACUGGCUCCAGGACAGUGUUGAGGUCACCAUUGACGAGGAUGAAUACAACACUGUGAAGAACGAAAUAUCUUACUCUGAUAAUGGUGACAUGAAAAACCUCCCAGAAACAACUGAACUUAGAGGAGCAGGAGCAGACGACCUCUGUAAUGAAGACCUCUACUUUCCACUAAUUCCUAAUCAGAGCUCCGCAACAACUGAACUUUUACUUGAAUGUGAAGAGGAGGAACUGGAGCCUUGGCAGCAACAAACUUCACAAGUCCACUUCAAAGAUGAGGAAGACGUUGGAGAGUUGAAGAAGGACCAAAUAGAGUGUCAGCUGAAGCCUUCACCUCUUCAGAGAACAGAAAAUGCAGAGCCUCAACAACCAAGGAUUCAAUAUGUCUUCACAAUAAACAAGCGACACGGAGUUCAUUGGCUCUUUCGGGAAACUGUGUCCUGAAUCAGGAAUUCAUUUGAAAUAGCACCAUGUAAAGCUGGUCACCAGCAACUUUUCCAGAAAGUUGCUACAGCCACAAUAACACCUUAGUGCCAAAUCAGCAACAACACAGUGUCCUUAUCCACUGUUCAGGUUGCUGCAACAUCAUUGCAGCAUCUGCAGUCAGACCAGUCCAGCUCACAGGCGAUCGCUGAAUCUAUUCCUCUACUUUGCUUUACCGUUCUUGAGCUUGAAUCAACUGGCUCAUCAAACAAUCUAUAAAUAUAGACUCUAAGUGUAGCAAGAGAACAGCAACAGUCACACUGGGUAAGUUCAGUAAGUACUCACACAUAAGUGUCUUAUCAAUUGCGCAGAUUGUUAAGGUGCCAGGUAUCUUCUGAAUAUUUAAGUUUGUGUGCAGACCACUGUGAGUGUGUUGGCUCUUCUUAUAAGGCUACAGUGUGAGGAGGCAUGCACACAGCAUCUGUAUCCUCUGUUUCUAAUCUUACAAAUCUGAUAGUUGACUGUCAGUCACCUUCCACUUAAUUUGUAAAGGUUUUAAUGUAAUAUGAAAAAUAAAUUAUGUCAAAACCAA